AUGUCCUUGAGCGCUACUGGUGGGAAAGCCCCAAGACCAGAGCUUCUUGCCAGUCAGGACUCCUCGGCCCUGGCAGGAAAGGCAGAGCGGCAGAAGAGGAUGGAGAGAGCACCAAGAGCCCUGGAGUUCAGAUGGAAGGAGUUGGCUGCAUUUGAGGGAAAGCGCCACUCCUCACCAGACAGGGCGUUUGAAGCGGCACCUGAGACAGCAGAGGAAUCACAGCCGCAGAGAGAGCUGCGGAAGGAGGAAGUUCCUCUGGCAGUGACAAAGGUUUGCCGCUUGCAGCGGCCAGCACACAGGACUCUGGAGAAGCUGCUCCAGGAGUUCUCUCGCCAAGGGCACACACUGUCCCAGGUGUGCAAAGAGAAGGCAGUGCUGGCACAAGAGAACGCUGCCCUACAAGCCCGACUGGCAGCCACCGAGCGGGACCUACGAGGCCUUUUGGAGCAGCUGGCAGAGGCCAGGACAGAGAAGGAGAGCUUGCAGUGCAGCCUGUUGGCAGCUCAGCAGCAGGUGUCAGAGCUGGAGAUCACCAGGAGCCGUCUGGAAGGCCAAGUACGCACAGCCAUGCAGGCCAAGGAGCUGAUACUUGAGGAUGUCAGGGGCCUUCGUUGUGAGCUGCAAGCUGUAAGAUCUUUCAGCAAGCAGCAAUGUGACGAAAUGGCUCAACAGCUCCGCUUGGCAGAAGAGCAGUUCAGCAAGGCUCUGAGAGUCUGGCAGUCUGCUCAGGAGGAGGAGAAAAGGAAGCUCCUACAAAAACAGGAAAGACGGCUGAAACAACAGCGUUUGGAGGCGCUGGAGCAACGGGAACGCUUCCUGGCAGAGCUCCAGCGCCAGAAGGCUGCUCAUUUAGACAAGGUGUACCGCCUGCAGCGAGAGCUAAGCCAAAGGCAGCAGCAGAACAAACUGCAGGCAGAGCUGCAGGAAGCUCAGAGGAAGAUGAAGGCAGUGGAAGAGAGGCACAAAGAAGAAAUGGAAAGGAUGCAGAAGAUGCUGCAGUACAGGCUGGCAGAAGAAAAGCCAAUGGACGUGGGCUCUGCCAUUGAAGAUGCAUCUGCAGCAGCAUCCUCCGAAGAAGCCUCCUUUCCACAGCCUGAAGAGCUGAGCGUGAGCAGUUCCCCCUGUUCAGGCCAGGAGGCAGAGCAGCUGUGCCAGGAUGGAGAGAAACAGGGCUUGGAGCAGCUGAGGAGUGUUGUGAGCGUGGCAGAUCCAAAAAAGAAAUACACUGGAUGGAAAUUUAUUGGCAGUGGGGGAUUUGGAACCGUUUAUAAGGCCUUUGACGCUGCCACAGGACAAGCGGUGGCCAUAAAGAAACUCGAUCUCCAGCACCAGGGCUGCAAGCAAGUGAUGAAAGAAAUCCUGGUCAUGAGGGAAAUGAAGAACCCCAACAUUGUCACCUACCUCGAAAGCUACCUUGCCAAUGAGGCUGUGUGGCUGGUGUUGGAGUACAUGGAUGGAGGCUCCUUAGCUGGUGUGCUCCGGAUGAAAACAAUGGCUGUAGGACACAUAGCAACUGUCUGUCGGGAGUGCCUGAGAGGCCUGGAUUUCCUUCAUGCCAACAACAUCAUCCACAGAGACAUCAAAAGUGGGAACAUCCUUCUGGGCCUGGAUGGCUCUGUCAAGUUGGCUGAUUUUGGCAUUUGUGUUCAGUUCAUCCCUGAGAAAAGAAAACCAAGGGCGAGGGCCGGGACCGCUCGCUGGAUGGCACCCGAAGUUCUGAGGGGAGUGCCAUACGGCCCCAAAGUGGACAUCUGGUCCCUUGGCAUCGUGGGAAUAGAAAUGGCCAAAGGAGAGGCUCCGUAUAUUCGGGAGAACCGUGCCAGGGCUGCCUAUCUGAUACGCACCCAAGGAAUACCAGACCUGGAAAAGCUCAACCUACACCCAGGCUUGUGUGAAUUUCUGGGCUGCUGCCUGCAGAUGGAUGUGGACAGGCGAGGCUCUGCCAAGGAACUUCUGAAGGUUUACCUGGUAGCGAAGGAACUGAAGCAUUGCAGUGCUGGGGACGGAGGCCCACAGUGA